AUGCCACGCCUCGAAGUCAAAGUCGGCCCUGACCGCUUCCAUAUGGAGGCGUGCAGGGUCAAUGACUUCAUGCAUCCCCAUGAAAUCAAUACGGAACACUUUGUUGGCCGUGUUCUCGUCCGCAUUCGCGACUAUCCCGGCGCACGACCCGGUGAGCCAGGAUACGAAUAUUUUGUGGACCGCACGCGCAAAUUUUGCAUCCAGAUUGAAGGCAGGUUUAAGCAGGAAUGGGACGGAGAUGAUAUUCUAUUUGGUACAGAUUUUGACAUGUUUGUCCCCUUUCCCCGCGCGCCUUUCAACGCUGGUAUGCACGUCGCUCGACUUAUCGACCCCUGCACGUUUUACGAAGAACAUCCCCCUUCGGGUCGUCCAUACAUCAUGUCGCCCUACGCUGCAUGCAUGAAUGCAUUUUGUGCAUGGCCGACGCCCAAACGUAUGCCGGACGCCGUGAUUGUGUGGCAUCCAACAAGUGCAGACAAUGCGCCGAUGCCCAAGCCCCAGGUGCUGGAUGGCAACGAGGUGGAUAUUGUGCCCAUGGAACGUCUCGAACACAAGCAGGACACUCAAGAGCAGAAACACGGGUGGUUUUCCUCCAUCGCUUCGCGCUUCUCGCACGAAGAGCGCGUCACGGAGAGCUACUGGCGCUUUGUAGGAUUCCGUUCGGACAAGAGGGUCCUUGCAAUGCUCGAUACGCACGAGGCUGAGGCACUGCUGCAGCCGUCCGUGCCGGCGAGCGCGCCGAUCAAGAUUGUUCCUGCGCCCGUCGCGCCCAAACCAAUGCGUCCUGCGGCGAUGAACACGGGCCCAGCUACGUCCGCAGACGCGGACGCGGAUGCGUCUACUCGUAUUUUCGCGCCUAUCCCGGUGCGGACAGGCACUCCGUCUGUUGGAAGCCGCGUUGCGUCCAAGACCACACGCAUGUGGCACGGUAUUGACAAGAGUAUGCUUACGAGUCUCGGCUCGAGCAGCAAGCCCGUGGGAACUGUAGCAAAAAAGCACCUUGCGCGCCCCGACACGCCUGCCUUGCCGAACUUUACCGAGAGUACCGUGCAUGCUGACAACUGGUCAGAUCCAAUAUUGCGAAACGAGCACGCGGAAGCUGUUUCGGAAAAGAUGCAGCGCAUGCAUCUCGAGCCGCCGCGCAGGUCGAAUACGAUGAGCGCGGACAUUGAGCACAUGCUUGGCCCCUGGCGCUUCACCGACCCCGCGACAGACAUGAUCGAGGACAAUGCGUUUGUGUUUAUCAACGAGAGUGUCUCUGUCCCCCGUCGCCGCAAGCACUUUGCCAGUGUUCAAAGUCGCCUCGACUUCAAGUACGACCCCGACGUGGUCUACGGCGCCAGCUUUUUUUCCAACCUCAUGGACUUUAACACGUUCGAUCUUUCUAUUGGCCCUGUGCGUAUCAACCUCCAGCCUUUUUUCCGAAAAAUGCCCAUUCGGUAUACGCUGCGGUCCAAGGUGAACGAAGAUAUCACAUUCUGCACCAUUUCGUUCCAAUUAGUCGACGACUAA